GAAUAAAUGGAGAGAUAUAAUUAUUGGCAACUUUCGGUUCGAUAAUAGCAAGUAACAAAUAAUUUAUUUCAUAAGCAAAUAAACUAGAAGAAUUACAAGAGAAAUUACAAAUAUUACGAAUUCAAUAGUACUUUCGAGUUUAAAGAAUCAUUUACGAAGAAAAUAUACCUAUACGAAGAAAAGAAAGUUCGAAAUUAAAUUAAAAAUUUAAGUAAUUAGAAUACGAUUGGCUGAGAUGCCUUUCGGUGGGCAACUCUUAUUGGAUGAUCAUUUCACCACCUGAUGGUCGAUACAAAAAGUGAUCGCGCAGCCACAAUCUCAUUGAAAACGUACCAUGGUCGUAUACACGAUCGUGGGCGGUACGAUCCAAGUGACGUUUUGUCAAUACCAAAUUCGUUACAACUUAUUAUUACGAAUUUUAUAAUUAACACUAUAUUACACAUAGUAUAAAUUGAUACGUUUAAGAGAUGGCACAAGAGGUAGAAGAAACUAUGAAACGUAUUCAAUCGCAUAAGGGAGUGGUUGGAACAAUCGUAGUUAAUGCAGAAGGUAUCCCAAUUAAAUCUACGUUGGAUAACACUACGACAGUUCAAUACGCAGGAUUAAUAAGCCAACUGUCAGACAAAGCACGAUCUGUAGUAAGAGAUUUGGAUCCAACCAAUGACCUUACUUUUCUCCGCAUUCGUAGUAAGAAACAUGAAAUUAUGGUGGCUCCGGAUAAAGAAUUUAUACUUAUAGUAAUACAGAAUCCAGUCGAUUGAUAACCAGAAGAAAUACUAAUAUGUAAGAUAUAUGCUUUGCUAAUUGUUAAUGAAUUAUUUUAUAUAGCACAUUUUAUUUUAUAUAAUGCCAUCUUUAUAAUACUAAUGUCAAGGACGAGAUAAUUUUUUAUUUAUAAAUUAAUGGUAGAAAAUGUGUUUUGUAAUGCCAUUACCGAGUAUUGAAGUUACAAGCACUGCGGAACAAUUAGACUUAAACAUAAUUAAAUCACCCAUGUAAGCAGAAAAUCUUAUAAUUAAAUUAUUAUUUAUUAACAUAAGAGAUAAUAUGAUUAAAAACAUUUGCGUUAUGUGAUUAACACUUUAUGCUGUUGUUUCAAAUAAAUUUGAGUUACUUGAAAAUUUGAUAAAUUUUUAUAUUCGCUUAAGAAAUAGUUUCACCAUUGUAUAUUCAAGAGUGCUUUUAAGUAUAUUUUGCAUUUUUCUAUGUACGUGUACAUGUGUGUAAAAUUUUAAUUAAUAUCUGAUAUAAAAAGAUUUAUAAUACAUAAAUAUUUAAGGCAUAGAAAUUGUUGAUUUUAUUUAUUAUAAAAGCGUAUAAAAUACAUAGAGUGUACACAUGACAAAAAACUUAACUAAAUACUUAAUCUAAUAUUGUUAUAAUUUCUGAGCUUGUCAUUUUAUUUUUAUAUAUUUGCGAAUUUUAAGUACUUAUAUAUAAAAUUCAUUAUACGAUACACACACACACACACAUAAUUGUAGAGAAUACAAUAAAAAUUGUAUGAACGAUAUACUAGAUGUAAUAUCAAAAUUAUUUACUCAGAUAAUUUCUUCAGCUUUGAAAUUCAUACCAGGUACAAAUAGAUUUAUAAAAAUAUAAAAAAUACGAUUGAUAAAAAUAAAUGAUUGUUAGUAAGAAUGA